UUGUGUUCCUGAUACUAACGCGCAGGAUGUUGCCAUCCACUGUAUAUAUGGUAGAUUUUUGCUAUGUCGUGAUAUGCUAGCACGCAUGGUGCAUGGAGUAGCAUGGAGUGCAUGGAGCAGACGCAGCAUCGCCACGCAUGGAGUGCAUGGGGCACGAACAAGCCCCCGGCCCACCCGGGGGUGGGUGGGUCGGGGACUGUAGAAGUCGGGGUCGGUUGAUCGGCUAGACCGACGCCGCGGGAGCGCUGCCUUGUGUGUAAUGCGGAGGCGUGAUGUAACUGGCGGCGCUGCACCAAGCUGAUUUCUUGCGCGCCCCAAGGCCCCGGCCCGCGAGUGAGUGGGGACGUAGCAGUUGGCUUGGGUGCUGGCGGUCUGGAUGCUUGACGUUCCCGCCUGGGGUGCCGAGCUGUAGGCGUGUGGGCUCUGACGAAGGGGCGCCCGAAGAGCGCACCGAAAAAAUUUUCACGCAUGGAACGCAUGGAGCACCUGCUCCAUGCGAUCCAUGCGCCCCAUGCCAUGGGAGCUGCCAAGCCUUAUAUAUGAAUUAUUCUGUAAUAAUUUAUCUCGUCUGCCUUCUUGUAUAUCUACGUUUGAUGAUGGCACUUUGUUUCUUUGUUUCUCUGGGAGAAUUGUUUUUCUGUUAUAGUUAUGGGGAGUGUUUUCACUUUUUGUACCUGACCACGCCAUACCUCGUUGGAGGUCCUUUGAACGAAGUGAAGUUGUCUAUUUCUUGAUACAUUGUUUGCGUAAGACUGUAUCGGUCCAGCAUUCGUGGUAGUAUUAUUGAUUUGAUGACACUGGCACUACGCCAACAUUAAUGAAGAAAGAAUCAAUCACAAUCACAUUUCUUGGAGAAUUUGAUGAGUCUCAAUUCCUCGGGGAUUGAUAUAGCAUCAUGUUUUACAUACGCGCGCCCAUGCCUUCGACGCCGCAUUGUCGAAGAUGAAUAGAAACCAGUCAUUUUCCGCGCACCCCAUAGAAAAAUUUCACCGAAACUGCCGACUAUCCUAAGCACAAACAACAAAAUGUUGCCGAAAACAUAAUGACGACGCCUAUUUAAUGGAAGAUCAACGAC